AUGCCCAGCAAGGACCUCUUCAACCUGGAUCAACCGGUCCUGAAGGAGCACCUGACCAUCAAUCGCCACACUGCGGCUAUGCAGAAGUAUGCCUUCACCAAGAUUUGGUUCGGGUCACAGCAGGGUCCUGACCAGCUCAAGUGUUCCCGCUUGCGGAAGUUUUCUGUGGCCCUGGAGGCCUAUUUCGACAAGGAUUCUCCUAAACAUAUGGAUGAUAGUAACUUGAAGUCUGAGCAGAAGGAGCCAGAAAAGACCACUGAGGCUUCUCUGAAAGAUAACAACUCUGUGAAGGAGUAUGUGUCUCCCUUCCCGAAUAAGCCAGUGCAACCAGCUCCGAAGGUAUCGCCCCUCUUGAAGGGCGUUAAAGGGCCGACUAUAGUGCCAGCUGGUUUUGAUUUGAGCCAAUUGGUGGAGUUUAAGAAUCCCAAUCACUGGCAUCGCCGUCCCCAUAUGUGUACUGGCGAUAGCAUCUACUAG